AUGGUCGUUGGAGCCGGUUCUACGUUUCAUGAUAUGUUCGAUCCGCUGUAUGCGGCCGGCAAGAUGAUGCCUUCUGGUGGGACUUCUCCGCCAAGCAUCAUUGGCCUCACGUUGGGUGGGGGUGUAGGACCUUUGACUGGUGAACACGGACUCCUGAUCGACUCUCUACUCUCCGUGGAAAUGGUCACCGGAUCGGGCGAGAUUCUAACGGCGUCGGCUACUGAGAACUCUGACCUCUUCUGGGGCAUGCGUGGCGCGGGCUUCAACUUCGGUGUGGUCACAUCAGCGACCUAUCGCAUCUACGAUACAAUCAAUGAUGGCAUGGUUUACAAUGCAGACAUGUCGUUUGAAGCCGAGAAGAACGCCACGAUAUUUGAAAUCUUCCAGACUUACCAGGGCAAGCAAGAUGAUAAGCUGGCAUUGACGAUUGGAUCCUCCAUCAAGAACAAUGUCCCAACAAUCGAUGUUUCCGCCAUUUACUACGGCAACAAGCAGCAGGGCGACGCCGCGAUCAAGUCGUUCAUCAACCAAAAGCCAUAUUACAGCAACAUUUCAGUCGUUCCCUACAACCGACUAGUAAGCGUGGCCAACUUUUGCGGCGAUAUAUUCGCUCAGCGAAAGGGUGUUGGGGCGGACAUGUGGGGGUUUCAGCUCAACAACCUCACUGUACCUGCGCUGGUCGACACAUUCACGAAGUACAUGAACUUCCUCCGUGCCAACCCGGCAAUAGAAAAUACCAACUGGAUUAUAGAGAAAUUUGGCCUGGGCGUAACGGCGAGUAUCGACGAUGAUUCUACAGCCUACGCUUGGCGCAAAACUGUGGCCUACGGCUUCUUUGCGUUUUACCUACCUGGCAACGUCACUGCGGAGCAAACCAGCGCCGUUGACACGUUCACCGCGAAGAUUCGCACCGAGUUGAUGUCAGCAUGCGGAAACCCCGAUGGCAAUGUGUUUCCCAACUACGCACGUGGCGACGAGAAGCCGGAGCAAGUCUAUGGUGCGACGAAACUUCCAAGGCUGAGGCUGCUGAAGAAGAGAUAUGACCCGAAGGGUUUGUUUAACCACUUCAACUCUUUUGCAUGA